AUGUUGUAUGCUGACUACUUUGAGAAUGUCGCGCUCUUCAAACCACAUCAAUUCCGUCGCCGGUUCUGGAUGGCGAGACAUGUGUUCAAUCGUAUUCGGGAGGUCAUGGUAGCAUAUGACUCAUACUUUCAGUGCAAAGAGGAUGCCCUUGGCAAGCUUGGCUUCUCGUCUUACAAGAAAUGCAUUGCGGCUAUUCGUAUGCUUGCAUAUGGAAUACCGGGCGAUCUUGUGGAUGAUUUCUGCAAGGCCGUGUUGGCAGUGUUUGGCCCUGAGUACCUGAGAGAGCCUACCGCCGCUGAUACAGAGAAGCUGUUGGCGAUCAAUGCCGGCAUGUGCUUUCCAGGCAUGCUUGCUAGCAUAGAUUGUAUACACUGGAAGUGGAAUACCUGUCCAUUUGCUUGGCAAGGGCAGUACAAGGGCCAUCGUUCUCUGGUGUUUGCAAGGCUUGCGGAAGGCCACUCCCCAGAGGUCAACUUUGAGAUCAAUGGCCACCAUUACAACAAGGGGUACUACCUAGCUGAUGGUAUCUAUCCUCAGUGGUCAGCUCUUGUGAAGACAACACCCAAUCCGCAAGGAGAGAAGAGACAGAGAGUGCUAGGAAGGAUGUGGAGCGUGCUUUAG